CUGUGGCUCUUGGGCGCUGCUUAGUUCUCAAACUCCUGAGUAUUUGUGUGCAGUGUCUUUAGUUAAAGCAAAAAUGAAACACUCCAGUCUUUCCAAAGUUACUUUUGGAACUUAAUUAAAGCUCGGGACGUGUGUGCACGAGCCACGAAAGCCAAAACAAGAGGAGAAGUGGAAGAAGAAUUGAGGUCGGGCCGCGUCUCAAGUACCGUUGAAUACUUUACAGAUGGUCUUCACUUAAGCUGAGGUCACGCCAGUUUUGGCUCUGCUUAACUCAAAAACAUGGCAGACAGUUUUUACAAGCUGGAGGAUGAAGUCUUUCCAAGCUUCCUCAGCAAGUCCCUGGACAGCACCAUGGGCCGUGCCACGCUGGGGAAUGUGACACUGGGCUCAGGCCCGGGGCUUCCAGUGGCUGCCUCUACAGUGGCUAAAAAUAGACCCGGGUCUGACAACAGAGGAGAUCCAGUUGAAGCAUCAUAUCUAGAGGGCAGAGAGCUGCAGCAACUAGCAAACACACGUUUGUCAGUUGGUGAACAAGCCAAAUUCGCUCUCAGUUUCAAAGAUGACUUGGAUAAUGCGGAUGACUUCAUUGCAGCUCAUCGUCUGUCAGACAUGCUGGUGAAGAUAAAUUUGGAAGAGAGUGCAUCCAGAAACCAAGGCUCCAUACUGGGGCCUCCACCUACACAGAUGGGCUCAGUUCAUGGUCGUCCUACAGAACUAGGAACAGAACUGUCAACAGGGCUUCUGACAUUCGCACAAUUUGGGCAUAAAGAAAGUGCAGACACAAUGGUUCAGCCCUUAGCAGCUACAGUUGAGGAAGAAAACAUGCAGAGCGAGGGGGUGGACAGUGACCAUUUCAGUGGCAGUAACUCGAGCUUCUUGGCAAAUGAAAAGCUCAUGUCGGUGGACAGCAUGAACAGCGACAUCACAGAUGAUGACAUUGAUUUGAACAACCUGCCAGAUGAUGAGCUGGAGCUGUACUUCAAUAAGCUGGUUCCUCCGGCCAUGCAGAGAGGCAGAGUUGAUGGCCAAGAGAUUCCUGCUGCAGACCUGCCUGUUGCUGCUGAUGACAUGUCAAACCCAAGUUCUACCGAGCCAGAGCAUUACAGACAUUUUCUUGAUGACGACGAUCAGGAGGAUUUUCAGAUGCCUGAUGUGCGUCUGGCUGCUACCGGUAUGGACUCGUGUCCUGCCAGUGAUGAGGACACUGAGGAUGAACUAGAAUCUGCUAGGAGGAGAGAUUCCACCAGGACGAGGCUACUGCCAAGCACCUCUAGGCAACUGGUUGGAGAGAGUAAUCGUCCCAGUUUCAGGCCAGGUUUGGAAGGGGGCAGCUCUGAGGAUGAGUCUUCCAGUGGCCUUGGUGGUCCGUCUCUGUCUGGGAUUGAACAUAGACGGUCUGCAGAGGGACAAGUUAUCAACCCACCUGUAACAGGUGAUGGAGGGGGUGGCGAUGGGAGCAGCGGAAGUGAAGAAAGUGGAAACGAUGGGGGUGUUUCAACCAUUCCUCUGCCAACAACUACUGUCCAAACCACCUAUGAUGCACUGCGUGGACUGGGGAUUGUGGGUGAAGAUGAGCGCAGUGAUCUGAACAGUCUGCAAGGACAUAUGGGUGACCGUGUUGGUCCAGUAGGAACAGGGGAGGCCUGUUCUUCUCAGGGUGUAUUGGGGGGAGCUCAGAGGGCAUCUUCAGUCAACUGGAGCAUCAUUCUAGACCGACAGGAGGCGCUGGAUGCCAUGGAGAGCACAGAGUCUGGACCUACUGUUGAUCGACUUUUGGACUCGGUUUACCUUCGAGGUGGAGCUGGACUCAGGAGGCUUCAAGACUCUACAAACCUCACAGUCUCCCACUUUCAAGGCACCCAGGGGAGCUUUCAUCUCUCCCAGGUACUGCUCCCAGAUUGUGUUGACAAACAGACUGAUGAUGAUGAUGAAGAUGAUGAUGAAGCCGUCGAUGUGCCUGAUGGUUCGAGGCUGUCGCUAGGUUUAAGAGGAGGACCCUGUGGCAAUGCUAUGGCUGCUGAGGCCUUGGGCAGUGGCAGCGAGGACGACAACAAUCUGCUUUCCACUUCCCUUGAAGCCAAGUAUUUCUCUCAGAGCUUCCACCAGGAACAUUCAGAUUCAGAUGAUGAGUGGAACAACUGUCCAGACAACUUAGAGCUGGAGUUUCAACAAGGUGCCAAUGCCACUCAUAGUGUUGUGUACCAAGAUGAAGAAGGCCAGUGGGUCACAGACCUCGCUUAUUACUCAUCAUUUGAAAAAGAAGUUGAUGGCAAGACAUCAGAGAACGCCAUCCAAUUUCAGGCUGAGGACUUUGUGUCUGCCGGUGAUGCUUUAGAAAAGAUAGCCAAGGACCAAGAGGACUUUGAGAAAGAACACCAAUUUAUGCAGGAGGAGCAGAUUCCACCAGCUGGAGGAAACGGCACCUUUCAGAGUGAUUCAUCUUGGAAGGUUCCCAACAGCGGCCACAUCCUGAUGAGGACCUCCCAGGUCUCCUCAGCGUUCAAAGAGGAUGACCAAAGUUACCUGCGACUGUCAUUUGGGCAGUUUUUUGGGCAACGCUCCGAAGCCCUGGGCUGUCUGGGAGAGAGUGAAGAUGCGGAUGGUGUUAAGCGGCCAUCCUUUGGCUACAUCAUCAACUCUCCAGAGAAGAGGGAACCAUUUGCACUGAUUCACCCUUCAGACUUCUCAGACACCUCUCCUCACAAUGACACUGUUGAACUCUGUGAUGCCGACAAAACACUCAACACAGAGGACCUGGACAAAACCCUUGAGGCACCACGUGAAAGGAUGGAACCAGAGCCUUACAGAACAGAGGACCAUGCUGCCUAUGCUGAUCUCCCUGACCACAGUGAAGGCUCUGGCUCUGAAUCAAACCGUGGAAAUGAGAGCUGCAUGUCCCCCCACAAUAACAGUAGUCAUCUAAUGCUGAGUAUCAGCACAAUUGCCUCAGCAAUUGCAGAUGCAUCCAUCAGCACUGACCCAUCCCAGUUGGCUGCCAUGAUCAUGGAGCUGUCCAAGAGGAGUAAGGCAAGGAGUCGUCCUGAACCUGUCGGACCUGGCAUCAGCACUGUGGAGAAUCAACACCCAAAUGAUAAUACCCUUAUGGAGGACCAGAAUACUGUGUUGGAUGAACUGCAUAGAAGCACCUGUGUCGGAGAGGUCAGUGCCUUCGACAUGGACAAGUACCUGAAGAAGACUGAUGUCUCCAGCAGCAGUGAUGCCUCUGUGGUUCACACCACCUUCGACCUGACCGGGUGGACUGACAACCCUUGCACACCUUACAGAAACCCCCAGAAAGACUGUCCCACUGAAAAGGGAAGCACAGCUCAACCAGUGGGCAGCGAGUCUGCACAUAUGGUCAAAACUUCAAAACCUCAGGAGACAGAUGGAAAAGCAGAGACAACCUUGAACACUACCUCAUCUUCACAAACAUUUUCAACUGGAUUAUAUCCUGUUAAUGCCAAUGAAUCGAAAAGAAGCUCCAUCCCUCGCCCUCAUGGAUCUUGCAGCUCUGUCAGAAGGUCUGUGGGCUCAGGACAGUCGUCCACACUCGAGCCUCAUCCAGACAAAACAGCAGCAUGUGAUAAUGACUCUUCCUCUGCUACCAAGUCAGGAACGGCGAACCAUCAAGCAUCACAAAGCAACAUAAAGUCCUCCUUAGAAACACCACAAAACAGUGACAGAAGCCCUGUUCCCUCCCCUGACCUGCUAAGAACCACAUCUGGAAGGAGGAAAGGCCCGACAGGUCUGCCCUGCGUUAAAGGUUCCUCACCCUCUGCAGUGAGAAAUAAGAGCACAGGCAGGGAACAGCAUGAUGGGUCGAGUAGUUCGUCAGGGGUAAAAGUGACUAGUGGUACGGCAUCUGCUUCACAUACUCGUAGCUCCGUGGAUAAACAUGUUGGAUUCUGUUGUGAAAAUGUCCAGCCUCAAGUUGAAUUUGCAUCAGAUCUACCAAAAGGUUUAUCUGAGCCCUUUGUGGAAGAAACUCACUGUGACUUCAGACCGUCCACUUCUCCCCUUAUUCACUCCUCUCCAAGUCAGACGUCCCUCCCUACUGCUGAUGGGAUGGUGUCACCAUCAUCCAGUGGAGGCCCAGCAGACAAACGCCCUGGUCUUGAUUACUCUCCUCAGUCAACAUGCUCCAGCCCUAGUCUCAGCAGACUCACAUACAUUUCAAUGAAUGAUGGCACUGUCGUACCUACACCUGAGAGGCGAAAGGCACCACAAGACAAGAAUGACUGUAACAUGUUACUCAGCACCACCAUUGUCAGAUUCAGCCCAACUCCACCUCUGGAACCAGAUUUACAACCAAACAUGGACAAUCUCGGCUUUCCUAAAAGUCUUGACCAGGUGCAGCCACAGCAUUCUAAAAGUCUGGACCAACUGCCCCCACAGCAGUGUAAAAGCCCUGAGGCCUCGCGGAGUGGGUCUGUUCUGAGCUGCACUCGCAGCCAGAGUGAAUGUAACUACCACUGUCCUGCUGAUAGAACUGCUGAUCUCCCUGGUGGUUGCAGGACUCACAAGCACCUCUCUGAGUCUAACGCAAGGCAGCUCACUAAAGUAGACUCCGGCUAUUGCAGUAAUCUGAACAUUCAGCAGCAAACCAGCAGCACCACCGCUCCUCAGAGUUCCCAGCAAUGGGGACCCCCGAGUUCAGUCUCCUCAUCGGUGUAUGCCGGCGGCUUGGUCAUGCCCUCGUCCUAUUCCUCUGAUGGAUUUCAUUAUGUGCCCAUCCCAAGUUUUAAGCCCCAGUGCUCUGGCUUGGUUGACCUCCCUCACCAAGGAGAUAUGCAGUCUCUCCUCACUGGACACUCCCUCUUCACCCCCCAAAUGGCUCAGCAGUUCAUGGGACCUGAAGCUUCUUUACAUCCCAGUGUUUAUCACAUGGGAGCACAUGGGGUUCUAGGAAACAACCGCUAUGGUAUGCCAUCUUCAGGUUUACCUAGCAGUGAUCUCACAGUGAGACCCAUCCAUUCCACUUCAGGUUCUCUGGGGAUUCCUGGAUCUACUGGGACCCAUCACUUACCGAGACCCCAUCAGAGUCAGCAGGAACUGGGAAUGAUGGGAAAGCCGUACAGUCAGUAUGGUCCAGAGCCAUUGGUUGCAGGUUGUGUUGAGGAACUAAGAGGUCAAGUUGUAGUGCCAGAAGAGCUGCGAUUCCCUCAUGCUUGCUGUGUAGGAAUUGCCUCUCAGACGUCCCUCAGCCUCUUUAACCCCUCUGAGAGGUGGCAGCAAGUGUCAAUAACCAUCACCAGUCUGGCUAUUGAUGGAGAAAAGGUAGAUAGCUCGCCAUACCACUGGCUAAUAGUCAAGAACAAGACAAUUAUUGGACCGAAGAGUACAGAGGACCAGAAGGUGUUGUUCAUCCCUCCACAGGCCGGUGUCUACCAGUGUGUCCUCAGUGUUUGCUCCUGGCCUGCGUCUGCAGAGUCCGAGGUGGCUGCCAGGGCCAGUAUCUUUGCCAAAAGGGUGGUGCUGGUUGCCAUAGCAGAGAAUCCUACUGUAGAGGUUGAAAUGGGCAAGACUGGCUGUUUGGAUUUCGGGGACCUGCCAAGUGGUAGUGCCAAAUCCCUUUCUCUCAAACUGCUCAACAGGACCCAUGCCACAGUACCCAUCCGUCUAGUUCUCAGUGCUAACGCUUCAGCGUGGCGAUGCUUCACAUUAUCCAAACUCCCUGUUACCAUGACGUCGGAGGCUACACAACAGGCCGGGCACAUGACCCCGAUGUCCUCGCCCUCUGUGAUGAAUCAUGUGAUGCACGCCAGCUAUGGAGAGAAUCCAGAGAGCUUCAUGGUCUGGGUUCACUUCAAAGCUCCUUCAAAGUACACGGCCUCUUCAGGAGAACUUGGCCCAGCUGAUGAGUAUCUCGCACGAGUGGACGUUGAAGUGGACUCUCCUGGUCCAACACAUGUAAUCAUGAGUAUUCCCCUCAGGGCCAGGUCUGGGUCGGCUCGGGUCCACGCUCCUAAAGACCUGCAGACUGUCAGCCUCUCUGCUCCACUGGGCAAAUCUAGUCAACAGACGCUGCCGUUAAAGAAUGCAGGGAACAUUGACGUGCAGCUGAAACUCAAGAGCAGUGAUACAGACGACUGUUUCUCUAUUACACCUGAUGAACUGUCACUAAAAGCGGGGGAGGAACAGGGUAUUGUGAUCACCUUCAAAGCACAAGGAAACAGGAAAUGCAGAGAAAGCCUCCUUACCAUUCUGGUGUUGCCGUCAGGCCCUCAGUAUGAGGUAAACCUUAAAGGACAAGUUGCUUCAGAGAACUCUGGGAAACCUGCCAUCCCCUCCACUUCUGCCUUUGGCCCUGCUCUGGCCAAUGAUAUUCCACCGAUCCUCUCGAAUAAACAGUUCGUAGCCUGGGGAGGGGUCACUCUGGGACGAGCUAUCCAACAGAAGCUGGUUCUGAGGAACAACUCAAACACAGCCACCCAACAACUGCGCUUACUUAUCAGAGGUCAAGAUCAGGAUUGUUUUCAGCUCCAGAGUAUGUUCAGUCCUGAGGAGCGUCUGACUCGACACGGGGAGCUCUCUAUUCGUCCCAGAGAGGAUGUCACGGUCCACAUGCUCUUUGCUCCCACCAGGGUGGCCUGCAUGUUGGCCAAGUUGGAGAUCAAACAGUCUGGAGUCCGGCCUUCACAGCCAGGGGUCAAAUUCACAAUUCCACUGUCAGGCUACGGUGGUACCAGUAACAUCAUCCUGGAGGACCAGAGGAAACAGGCAGAUGGCUAUGUAGCAACACUUGCUGACAUAGCUGUUGGUCGUGUCAGCAAGGUGUGUCUGUGUGUGAGGAACACCGGCUCCAGAGCGGCUUUCAUCAAAGCUGUGGCCUUCUCUGACGUACAAAGCCGAACCGUUAUGGAGCAGUCUGUCAUCAGCCUCGCUCCGUCACAGUUUGUUCUGAAGGAAAGAACGCAAGAGGUGAUUACAGUCCUCAUGAAGUCCACCCAGAGAGAGCAGAACAUGUGUCAAUCACCCAACACCCUGCUGGCUACUGUCUGUCUGUUCUGUGGAGAUGAGGUCUCCAGGCAGCAGUACAGGAAAUUGCUUCAGAAUAAACCGGAGGCUGCACGGAAAGCUCUCUCUGAGAACAGCCUGCUGAAAAACGUCGACUUCAAUGAGAAGUUUCUUGGAGAGGAAACUGUUACAGAGCCCUAUGACCUCCCUCAGCGUCCCAGUGAGGCUCACAUCUUCUACGGAAACAUGAGCAAAGUGGUGGUGUCUCUGCUGGGCAGCACAAAGGCUGGUGAAUGUGAGCAGAGUAACCACACUGAGAUGCUGUUGCCCUCUACUCAACGCGGCUCAGACACCGACAGUGGUUUGGCAAACGGCAACGUGUCUCUGGAUGUGCUUCCAGUAAAGGGUCCCCAGGGUCCAGUGCUGAAAGUGGCAGAACCUUCCUUAAAGGUUUCAGAGACAUUCCACAAGCAGGUUGAAUCCUGGACCAUCCACCCAGAGCAACUUCUACUUGCAGCUCCCACUAUCAAUGGAGCCACCACCACCAGUAAAGUUCAGAUCCAGAACAACACGUCCAGAGAGCUGAGCUUUGAUUUGUCCUGGCCCGCUCACUGCCUCACCAUCACGCCACAACAUGGAGUCAUUGAGCCUCAGUGCCACCUACAGAUUUUAAUCAGCCCCAACCCGUCACUAGCGAACAAGUCUGCCCUUCUGCCGUGGAGUGGACAGAUUUAUGUCCAGUGUGAUGGUCAGCAGAAGUUUAUUAAGGUCCAGAUUCGGGGGGACUUGGCUCUGGAUGUGUCCGCAGCUCCAGGUGAUGCUUGUCUGGCAGCUCUGGCUCCUCAGGCCGCGACCCCUGUGGCGCCCGUCGCCCAACUCAUUGCUGCCACCAAACCCUUACUACCUCUGCAGAUGUCGCAAGCCCAGGUGACCGUCAGCAAUAAGACCAUCAUUUUCCCCACGACGCCUUCAGGGGAAACAUCAGAGGCCCAGCUGGAGGUGGAGAACGGGGACGUGGAAAUGAGGUGGUACCUGUCAUCAUUUGCUCCUCCAUAUGUCAAGGGGGUUGACAACACUGAGGACGUUUAUCGAGCCACCUACACGGCGUUCAGAUGCUCCAGGGUGUCUGGAACUCUUGGAGGCCAUGAGAAGAUGCAGGUGCCCAUUACUUUCUUGCCAAGGGACCGGGGGGACUAUGCCCAGUUUUGGGACUUGGAAUGCCAUCCGGUGUCUGAGCCCCAGCAAAAAACCAGGAUUCGCUUCCAACUCUGUGGCACAGGCAUAAGGUCAGGGCCAAUGGAGGGUCCACAAGAAGGAGACUGUUCUCUGGUGAAGACAGAGGCCACGGUCAAGAGCAGGAAAAAGGCUGAUCCCUCAACGGGCAAAAACAGCCAGGAGGAGGCAGGACGGAGGGGGGUGUAUGCUCCACAGGAUCUGUACACCUUCCCAGCCACACGGGUGGGUGAGUCCAGCUCUCUGAAGGUCAACAUCCGCAACAAUUCACCCGAUACGCACGAGCUGAAAUUUGUAAACCCUAGGGAGCCGUUCCACAUCAAGCAUUCCAAAUAUUCCCUGAGAUCUCAGCACUAUCUGAAGCUGCCCGUCCACUUCAAGCCCAGCGCUGCAGGCAGCCACGCUGGCUUGCUUCUCAUCCAGUCAGAAACAAGUGGAAAUCUUGUUAUUCAGCUAACCGGUGAGGCAUCGCCUUGAAUUCUCCAUCUACCAUCCUACGCCACCUCCUUGUGCUGGCUGGCCUGCUAUGGGUGGACGCUCUUUUUUUUUUUUUUUCUGCACUAUUCAUCAUGGGACGGAAGUGUAACGGGGGAAAGAACAGCAAACUAAGGGUGAAAUAAAACCGAAAUCCUUCCCUGUCAUUAUACUUGGAGACGUUUCAAUGAUGUGGACUGAUGAACUGGACGUGACUGAGACUCUGCACUAACCCGAGCCCAUCUGCGACCAGGACCUAGGCACAGGUGUCCUCAGCUGGCCCGUGAACAAUUCCUCUGCCUGGAGCUCCAUGAUUUGGUCUGAUUGGCUUACAAUUAGUGCGCUCUGUUCUGGUCAUUCAGAACGCUAAUGACUUUUGUCACUUGACUCUCAGUGUGGCGUUUGCAGCGUUGUUGUUAUUAUUGUUGUCAGAUGGUAGCAGCACCAUUCGGGACCGGAUCUGGAUUCAGUCACUUUAGUCACUGCAAUGAUUCAACUGACAUUAAGUCUACAUUUCAUGAGACUUGACUUAAAAAAAAAACAAAAAAAAACACCUGGUGGCUUGUGUCGACUUCCCAGCAUCCACCAUGCCUCGUUCCAAACAGUCCAGAUGUACUUAAUUUAGCUCUGAUCAGGGAAGCUCACAGCAACAUUAGGAUGGUUAAUGAUUGUUAUUACAUGCUAAAAGAGUUUCCUCUGGUGGGGCUUUUGUUCGGCAGCUCGCCAGGCCUGCUUAGUAUGGUUACCAUGGCAAAACCGUGUUAAUCACUGUUCCAGUCACAGAAAAUUACCUUCCCAUUUCCUCUUUUGGUUCGAGGGCAAAUGCCCAAAAUUGCUGGAGGGGUAUUGGAUUUACGUCUGUAAUCACUUCUGGAACUGGAAAAUGUAUGUAAACUUCAUCAACAGUGUGUGUCGUUAACCUGUUAGACGCCACAAUGUAAAACACUAGCAUGGACUUUUCGAUAUGAAGGCGGGGCUUGAUCAGAACACGCCCUGACACAUUUGAUUCACCAUUUGCACAUGCCUUAAAUAGUUUUAUUAUGUAAUAUAUUGAUGGAUUUACAUGUUUUAAAUAAAGGUUUGUGAUAA